CCAAGAUGGCGCUGCGCGGACUGAGUUGCUGUAUCCCAUUUGUACUUCGUCAGCAUAAUUCUCCAAGACUAGCAUUAUUAUUUGCAGCAGUGAAAUUGAAUUGUUUUACAUGCGGAAUUGAAGCCAGGCGCUACCUUUUGUCCGAGGAUGUUGUGAGACUGGAAGAUUUUCAGAAGAAGAAACUUGCUGUGGCCCAACAAGUGUCUGGAUCGAAAGGACAUAUCUUUAAUGCAUUAAAUCAGAAAAUACGAACUAAUCAAUUGAUCUUGAAGGAUGAACUGAAGCUGCUUCUCCUUCUCUGCCAAUCACCUGAGGAUAUGGUUAUGGCUAGAAAUGCUAUCUACAGGUACCAUGAAGAAAAUUGUAAUAUGGCAUUUGGGGAGUUCAGGUUUGGACCUGUGUUUAUGAGGCUGUGUUAUGAGCUGGGUCUGGCAGAUUUAGCACUCACUACGCUGACUGAUCAGAGGCUAAAAGGAUUCUUUCCAGACUGUACAUCCUUUAACCUGGCCAUAGACCUGCUGUUCAGUAAAGGACACUUUGAAGGUGCAUUGAAGCUGAUCUGGGAGAUGAAAGCCCAAGGUGUUGCUUUCAACAAGGACACCUUUACACUGGCAUUUGCUACCUGCUACAAGCUAAACACCCCUAAGUCAUACCAGAUCUGCUUGGCCUUGCUGGAGGAAGGUCAGACCAAAGUCAGCUUCAUUCCUAGACAUGCUUAUUGCAUUGCAGUUGCAUUUGCCCUCAAGCAGGAUGAUGUUGAGCGAGCGCAGGCUAUUUACUCUCAGAUCAUGAAUACAGACAGCAGACUAUGCCAAAACCUGAGAGUACUUCUGCUGGCCAUGGCAGGAUCAAUGAAAGAUGCAGUUUCUGUCCUCACAACAGCCCUGUUGUCCGAUAGUUUAGUGUUUGUGAAGAAGCCAGACUUCUGCCAGGAAGUGAUUGAUGUGUUGAGAGAGAGAAGUGAAGAUGGGCCAUUGAGAGUGCAAGUUGAGCAUCUGGUUAAGCAGCUGCAGCAGGCAGGUCAGGUGAACCCACAAAGGCUGGACCACUUGCUGUACCACACUCCUACAGGGAAAAAGAAGCUUUUGUCUUUUCUGAAGGAGGGGAACAGGAGGACCAGCAGCCGAAGGACUCUGAGACCACUGCUGUCAGAAUGAACACACACACACAUUGUGGUCAUGGCCACUGCAGAAGUUAAAUAAAAAUAGUGCACAAUACUAAUGUAUCUGUGCCUUGUAUUAAAAUCAUAAUAUUUUUUUAGAAGUUUGGGGAAAAAUAUUCACAUGUUGGCUAUCCAGAGUGUCCAGAAAACAUUUUGAGUUCUUGGCAUUUCUGCAGCAUAAUAUUGUGGGACUUGUGAGUAGAAAAUUAAAUGCAAUCUCAAACUGAGAGUAUGGUUACUGCCUAAAUGUUUUUCCUGUACUCAUAGGCUACAUUUAUUAUAGUGUAUUUAAGAUGUACUUUUGAACAAAAGAUUGUGUGUGUGUGUGUGUUUCGCCAGGGCAUUCUUACAUUUAAAAAUAAUAAAUGCAAUAAAGAUAAACAACAUCUGAAUAGUUACAUAUUUGAUAUAUUACCUGUAUUUUGUUUUUGUAAACAGUGAAAGAAUUCAAGAAUCAUUACUUACUUUCAGCAGGUUUGCAAAGCAUUUAAACCCUUUCACUUUUGCACCAUGAACUUUUAAUUAAAAUUGAGCAUUAAUAUACACAUAAUCCAUAAUGACAAAGCAAAAACAUGUUUUUAUAAAUGUUCUAAUUCUUUCCAACUGAAAUAUUCAGCUAAUCAGUGUGCCAGUGUGGGCAAGAACACAACAGGCUCAAGUGUCCUUGGGCCAGACAC